CAUUAUUAAAAUGUAGUAUCUUUACUUUUGCUUUUUGAUAAAAAAUUUUCCUUCAUUAAAAUUUUGGUGGAUUUUUGAAGGUUCCUCCAAAACAACCGUUUGAAUGGUACUAUUUCCCCGCCACUAGCCAGCAAGCUUAAUGAAGUGCCAAUCGUAAAUUUGUCAAGCAACUGUCUAGAUGUGACACGGAAUCCCAUUUCCGAUCCUAGUGUUGUCGCGGAUAACAACCCUGCACGUUGUGCUUCUCCACCGUGAACAACAUUAGUUCGUGCAUGGGAGUAAUGAAUAAUUGAUUCAAAAUGGUCUGUUAUAUUCAGCCUCCAAUAUCUUAUCCUUACGCGAUUUUGAAAAAAAACCUCCAAGCUUUGCCAUCACCUCAAACCUCUAAGCUUUGCCAUUCUUCUGUCACCGUCACCUUGUCAUUGCCUUGCCUCGCCCUUGGCGUUGCCUCUCCACGCCGUCGUCCACUUCGCCGUUGUCGCCCUUGGCGAUGCCUCCCCACGGCGUCAUCCACUUCGUCGUCGUCCACUUUUGACUUGCCGUUGCCUAUCCUCCCCUCACCGUUUCCGUUGCCUAGCCUCGCCAUUGCCAACCUCGUCGUGUCCUUUUCCGUUGCCAACCUCGCCGUGCCCUACUGCCCCGCCCCGUGCCCUGGGCCCCUUCUCUCGUGUCGUUUUCCCUCGCCUCCUCUACCCCACGCCGUGCCUUGCUCGCCUUCUUUAAGCGUUAAAGAUAUAAGAUUACAUGUGUAUCGCAAGGGUUUUGACCCAACAUACAUGCGAUGGAAAUGGCAUGGAGAGUUAGAAAAUCCUUGCAGCUCUAGCUAUACUCAUAAUGAACAAGUCGAGAAUGAUAUUCACGACAUCCACAAUUUUGAGGUUGAAAUGGAAGAUGAGUUAGGGGCGACUCAAGAUGUUCCUCUUGAUCAAGUUGUCAUUGAUGAAGAACGUAUGGCAGACGAACAGAAGAAGAAAAAGGUUAGAGAUGCGGGGAAGUGCGAGAAGCUGUAUAAGAGGAAGAGGGAGGGUCACCCGCCUAUAGAGCUUAAGUGGGAGUGUGGGGAGCCUCGUGAGUUGGCUGCUUCUCAGGCCACCACUACUGCUGAUAUCGCUGGUUCGUCUACCGAGACGGGUUCUCAGCUCGGACGUGAGGACUCUUGGUUGAGAGAGGCAGGGACUGCUGAGCACCCGGGGCGGAUGAGGGGUUUUGGGUCAUAUUCGGGCUUACGCAAAGUUUCCAAAGGCAACAUGAAACUCGCUGCUGUUUGUUACUUGAGGAUCUCUGAUCUAGCCAAUUAUAUAGUGGCACAUGGAUCGGUUUUCUCACGUGCACAAGAGACUAUGGCCGAUCACGAGGGGAGCUUCGUUGCAUGGCCAAAGUCGUUGGUGGGCCUUGGAGAUCCCCCGGUGCACACGGCUCGACAUGGCGACUUCUCAUCAAGCAAAUCUCGUCAUAUUCUCGGCGUAUGCCCCACUGCUUCUCCUAGCUCUCCCGUACUGGAUGUUGUUGACCGGAGCUCAUACGUCUCUUUCGGGCCAAGGUGCAGGGAGUUGUGUCAGGCUGACACGCACAUCUGCUUUUCCCACCAUCAACGUCAUUCUCGAUCCCGAGUGCAUGCUCUAUCCGGAGGAGAUGAAGCUGAGGAUGCGUCCGAAGAAUAUACGAUAUUGGCUUUCCCAGCGAUGUAUGGACUUACCCAUCGCUGGUCUUGGCGGUUACUUCGGGAACGGCACAUGCCUCAGCUUAAGGCUCGACCGGAUUGGAUUGAUGUUCUCGAAGUACCCCAACAACUAGGGGGCGUUGAGUGUGGUUAUUAUACCAUGCAAUUUUUAUGGCUCAUCGUCAAUAUGUGUGCACAAUGUUCUUUACCGUUAUACGAUGUGUUUCAGUCUACUUCGCCUUAUACUAGAGCCGAAUUAGAAGAGGUUAGAGAGUUUUAGGCGGGGGGGUUUUCUUGAUGAACUAGUGAAAACAAGAAUCCAUUAAGAUUCGGUACUCAAGAAUGAAGUCAAAACACUAAAACUAGCGUAGAAUAUAGGUAGAAACCAAUGUAAGGAUAUGACUUUAUAUACCUAUAUUCACAAGCUCAAAAGCACUCACAAAAUAUGUUUAAAACCAUCACAUAAACACUUUCAAAAUAUCUAAAAGGUUUUAAACUCAAACACGAAGGAUUAAGGGAAUUUUGGAAAAAUCAGAACAGAGUCACGGUACCUCUAGCGGUACGCCACACGGUAGGGUAUACCGCCUACACGGUACCCCCAUACCGUGUAACGGU